AGUCUUCGCUCAUCCGUCUAAAGCCCGACAUUUGGACAAGAAGCGCUUAAAACAUAAAUGGAAAUGGGUGAACCGUCAGAAAUCGACCACCACCACCUCGACUCCGCCACCGCCACCGCCACCGCCUCCACCACCGCCACAACCCACCACCUCAACGUCCCGGCCGGAUUAUCUCAGCACGAGUUUGACGACCUGAAGCAUCUCGUCUUCCAAUUUCACACCUACGAACUCCGCCCAGGCCAAUGCUCCUCUCUCCUCUCUCAACUCAUCCGAGCGCCGCGCGAUGUCGUUUGGUCCGUCGUCCGCCGCUUCGAUAAGCCUCAGAUUUACAAGCACUUCAUUAAGAGCUGUUCCGUCGCCGAAGACUUCAUAAUGACCGUAGGAUGCACCAGAGAUGUUUAUGUAAUCUCUGGCCUCCCGGCGGCGACGAGUACAGAGCGACUCGAUAUACUCGACGACGAUCAGUAUGUGACAGGUUUUAGUAUCACAGGCGGCGACCAUCGAUUGAGGAACUACCGGUCCGUAACGACGGUGCACGAGAUGGAGCGCGAUGGUCAGAUCUGGACUGUCGUUUUGGAAUCGUACAUCGUAGAUGUGCCGGAAGGGAAUACGGAAGAGGAUACGCGUCUAUUUGCAGAUACGGUUGUGAAAUUGAAUCUGCAAAAGCUUACAUCCGUCACGGAAGGAAUGGCUCGUGCUGCCGCUGCUGCUGCUGCUGCUGCUACUGCUACUGCUACUGCUACUGCUGCUACUACUACUGCUGCAGGGGAAUUUGGUGUGCGACUGUGAGUAUGGAUUUCUUGAAUGAAGAACAACAAAAUAGCCUCAACUGAUAUUGAUAUUUAUCAAGUAUCCUUCAAUUUCGUUACUGAUUUUUGCUUUCAUUCCGUGUGCUUCAAUUCAAAAUUUGAAUGAUUAUGAUAGGAAUCAAGUAUAACAGUGACAUUUCAGGCCAUAUAUGCAAAAUCUGAAUGGCGGUUGUGCUUCUGGACAUACAUGUAUGUACUCUGUACAAUUGAUCUCUCUGUAAUUUACUCUGUUUUUCCUGUGUUUGGGGCUGAAAUUGGAAAGUAUGUUAUGAGUUUUCUUAGGGUUCUUGAA